AGUUUGUCCCUCAUGUAGUACCAUAGGGUGGAGCACGCGUCGCCUUAGCAACUGAGAGGCUUUGGAUACCAAGACAAGCAUGCUAAAUGUAGCUUUUCAAACUAUAGUAUUCUCAAAACGAAAUUAGAUUUACCGAUUCGAACCGGAAUGGCUACAAGCAAUCCAUCUGUGUUCCUUCUCUCGGUGAACGGACAGAUCGAGGGAGCGAAUUUUCCUUGUUAUGACGACUUGUACUGCAAAUACUGCUUCGUUUACGGCCAAGACUGGAUGCCCACUACCGGUUUGGAGGAAGGCAUCACUCAAAUAACAUGUAAAGGCAGACAGUCACAAAAACUGAUAUGGAACUUCCCACUGGAUAUAACUUUUAAGAGUACAAACCCCUCAGGAUGGCCUCAACUUGUGUUGAGUGUGUAUGGACCAGACGUAUUUGGCAAUGAUGUGGUCAGAGGUUAUGGAGCAAUACACAUCCCUUUAACACCUGGAAAACAUAAAAGGACCCUUCCCAUGUUUGUUCCUGAACCCACAUGGAGACUUCAAAAGUUCACAAGGUUGGUUGACAGUUGGCUCUGGGGACGUCGACCAGAAUACACUGACCCAAAAGUGGUAGCCCAGGGUGAAGGGCGAGAAGUGACAAGGGUUUGCUCCCAAGGAUUUGUUACAGUCAUCUUCAACAUCAUAAUGAAGGACAUGAAAAAACUGGGCUAUGAUUCUGGGCCAUCCACUUCCUCAAACGCACAACCAUGUGGCACCGCCUCUGGCUGGUCAACAGAGGAACAGACCAAUUUGUGAUCACAUAGGGCAGGGUGUUCAGACUUUUUUUUUUCCUCAAAGGCGACCUUUCAGAGGAAUCCAAAGAUGCAAAGCCAGCUUGAAGUCCUUCCACUUUCAUUUCUUAAAUAGAGGACUGGAAUGGGGUUAAAAAAAAAAAAAAUCAGGUUUUUAAAAUGUAUUUUAAGUGUUAACUCAUUGGAUGCCAUUGACGAGAACCCCCACCCCCACCCAUCUGUCAUCUGUGGCCGUCAAUGGUGCUGAAACAUUCAAUACCAGCCUUCCCAGUAAAAUGGAUUUGAUGUCAAUCACUGGCAAUGAAUGAGUUAAAAGCAACAAGAUUAUCCAGAGGGUUAAGGAUCCCAUUGGUUUUUUAUGUAUGUAAAACAAAAUACCAACAUUCUAGUUUAUUAUAUUGAGUUCAACAUGUCAGGUUUUGAGCUAACGAAGAGGUGCUGUUUACCUAGCUCUAUCUAGUGUUAAAGCUGAGAACUGCAACAAUGUAGGCUGAAUUGAAGUUUCUCCUGCAGGCCAUAUUCAAUGCUAUUUUCAUAAUUUGCUGCGGACCGUAGUUUGGACACCCCAACUUUGUCAAUUUCUCUUGACCAGCCUUACAUUGUUUACUAACACAGACGUCAAACUGAU